UAAUAACCAGCCGCGAUGGGCCGCUCCGGACCCCGUCGGUUGUCUGUUUCUGUGCGAUUCUCGCAGCUUUCUGCACAGACGACAUUGUGCGAGGGAUCAGGGAGGUGGUUGGGCCCCCACAGUGUGUGUAUUUGGGGUGAAAGGGAGUGCAAGUGGAGAACAGAGAGAUACUUUAGGAUAAUCUGCUUUGCUAGGGCACGCUUCUGGCGCUCUCUGGCCCUGGGGUGGUCAGCCUCGCUUCCAGAAGAAGCGCUGGCACAAAAGGAGGGGGGUGGGUUGGAGCCCCGAACCGCGCCAGCGUUCCGGGGAGGCGGAGGAAAGAGGGCAGGCCCCAGGCGGGAGGAGGGAGAGAGGCGAGAGGAGGAGUUUUCCAGCUCGGCCUUCGCUCGCUCGCAGCGCAGCCCCUUGGUCUCGUCCGUCUCCUCCCGCCCCCUGGAAGCGCGGAGCCGAGCGGAGCGCCCGCGCGCCAUGGGGAGCCCCGCACUCCGGCCCGCGCUGCUGCUGCCGCCGCUGCUGCUGCUGCUUCUGCUGCGAGUCCCGCCGAGCCGCGGCUUCCCAGGAUCUGGAGAGUCACCGCUAGAAGACGAUGAAGUCGGGUAUUCACACACUAGAUAUGAAGACACCCCGUGGUGCUCCCCCAUCAAGGUGAAGUACGGGGAUGUGUACUGCAGGGCCCCUCCAGGAGGAUACUACAAAACAGCCCUGGGAACCAGGUGUGACAUUCGCUGCCGGAAGGGCUACGAGCUGCAUGGCUCUUCCCAGCUGGUCUGCCAGUCAAACAAACGGUGGUCCGACAAGGUCAUCUGCAAGCAAAAGCGAUGUCCUACCCUUGCCAUGCCGGCAAACGGAGGGUUCAAGUGUGUAGAUGGUGCCUACUUUAACUCCCGGUGUGAGUACUAUUGCUCACCAGGAUACACACUGAAAGGGGAGCGGACGGUCACGUGUAUGGACAACAAGGCCUGGAGUGGCCAACCAGCCUCCUGUGUUGAUAUGGAACCACCUAGAAUCAAGUGCCCAAGUGUGAAGGAACGCAUUGCUGAACCCAAUAAGCUGACAGUCCGGGUGUCCUGGGAGACCCCUGAGGGAAGAGACACAGCAGAUGGCAUUCUAACUGAUGUUAUUCUAAAAGGCCUCCCCCCAGGCUCAAAUUUUCCAGAAGGAGACCACAAGAUCCAGUACACAGUCUAUGACAGAGCUGAGAACAAGGGCGUUUGCAAAUUUCGAGUUAAAGUAAGAGUUAGACGCUGCGGCAAACUCAACGCUCCGGAGAACGGUUACAUGAAGUGCUCCAGCGACGGUGAUAAUUACGGAGCCACUUGUGAGUUCUCCUGCAUCGGUGGCUACGAGCUACAGGGUAGCCCUGCUCGAGUAUGUCAGUCCAACUUGGCUUGGUCUGGCACGGAGCCCACCUGUGCAGCCAUGAAUGUCAAUGUGGGUGUCAGAACAGCAGCUGCACUUCUGGAUCAGUUUUAUGAGAAAAGGAGGCUCCUCAUUGUGUCCACACCCACAGCCCGAAACCUCCUCUACAGGCUGCAGCUGGGAAUGCUUCAGCAAGCACAGUGUGGCCUGGAUCUUCGACACAUCACCGUGGUGGAGCUGGUAGGCGUGUUCCCCACCCUCAUCGGCAGGAUAGGAGCAAAGAUUAUGCCUCCAGCUCUAGCUCUGCAGCUCAGGCUGUUGCUGCGAAUCCCACUCUAUUCCUUCAGUAUGGUGCUAGUGGAUAAGCAUGGCAUGGACAAGGAACGCUAUGUCUCCCUGGUGAUGCCUGUGGCCCUCUUCAACCUGAUUGACACAUUCCCCUUGAGAAAAGAGGAGAUGGUCCUGCAAGCUGAAAUGGGCCAGACCUGUAACACCUGAUGUGAGGGUUCCUCUCUCUGCAGUUCCUCUUCUCUUUCUACAUAGUGCUAUGCACACGGAAAAGCCUUAAAAAUAUCCUUGAUGUACAGAUUUUUAUUUGUAAUUUUUAAAGUCUAUUUUAUUAUGAGCUUUCUUUGCACUUAAAAAUUAGCAUAAUGCUUUUUGUACUUUUAAGUGUUCCCAAAAAUGAUAUGAAUAUGAUAUUUACUCUUUAUAACUCUUUACUCUAUCAUGGCUGGUUAAUUUUGUAGAGAAAUUAAAAACCUCAAGCAUAUACAUGCUUUCAAUGCAUUGUUCAGUGUGACACAUACCUUUCUUGUUUUUUAUAUAAAACCUUUAAUAAAAUAUUUUGGAGCAAA